UCUGAGGCUGCAUCAUCAUUCUGCACAUCUGGAAGUGGUUUAUGAGCUCUCAUUCCUCUAGUGCGGCGUCUGGACUCUGUGCUAUUCCUCAGAAGCAGAGAAAGAAAAGAAAACCAGCACAACUCCAAAGUAAACUUUGAAGAGUUUGAAAAAGGAAUUGCAUCUUAAAACUGUUACUGUGCCAUGUAAGGCCCUUGUGCAGGGGACUUCAAAGGAUGGUCAAGGAAGCUUUGGCAAGUAUGCUUACAGCUGUGGGCUAUCUAGGAUCUGAGUAAAUAGCUCUACAGCUCUUCAGGAGAGAGGAGUCCCGAAUUCUGUGCUGCUUUGAAGAGGUCACCGUUCUCAUCUAGCAGGACACAUGGCUCUUCUAAAGAAAAUUAACCAGAUCUUGCUUUUACUUCUGGUCUUAACUGUGUGUGCCAUUCUGUAUAACAAAGUUCACCAAGCACCAUCUGCAUUAAAGAAUGAGACAGUUGAUUUGGAGAGUCCUGAGGAAAUGGAAGAAGAAAUCCCAGUUGUAAUCUGUGCUGCUGCAGGUAGAAUGGGUGCAGCUGUAGCAGCAAUCAAUAGCAUCUACAGCAACACAGAGGCCAAUGUGUUGUUCUACAUAGUUGGGCUGAAGACUACCAUCCCGCAUAUUCGAAAAUGGAUUGAAAAUUCUAAACUGAAAGAAAUAAAGUUUAAGGUUGUUGAAUUCAACCCCAUGGUACUAAAAGGAAAAAUCAGACAAGAUGCAUCACGUCCUGAGCUACUGCAGCCUCUGAACUUUGUUAGAUUUUAUCUUCCUCUGCUUAUCCAGAAACAUGAGAAAGUAAUAUAUUUGGAUGAUGAUAUCAUAGUUCAAGGUGACAUCCAGGAACUCUAUGAAACCAAGUUAGCUCCUGGGCAUGCUGCUGCUUUUUCAGAUGAUUGUGAUCUGCCUUCUACACAUGAAGUGGUUAGAAGUGUAGGGAUGCAGAACACGUACAUGGGAUUCCUGGACUACAGAAAGCAAGCAAUUAGAGAUCUUGGCAUCAGCCCCAGCACCUGUUCCUUUAAUCCAGGACUAAUUGUUGCUAACAUGACUGAAUGGAAACAUCAGCGAAUUACAAAGCAGCUGGAAAAGUGGAUGCAGAGAAAUGUGGAGGAAAAUCUCUACAGCAGCACCCUCGGGGGAGGUGUGGCAACCUCUCCAAUGCUGAUUGUAUUCCAUGACAAGUAUUCCUCUAUUAAUCCGAUGUGGCACAUCAGGCAUCUUGGUUGGAGUCCUGAUACCCGUUACUCAGAGCAUUUCCUUCAAGAAGCUAAACUACUUCAUUGGAAUGGGAGGUACAAACCUUGGGACUAUCCCAGUGUUCACACCGAUCUCUGGGAAACCUGGUUUAUCCCCGACCCCUCAGGGAAGUUCAAGUUGACUCGUCCUGACAGCUGAUGCCAAAACCAUGUCAGUGCCCCCAUAAGCUAUCUUUUGCAGUAUGUAAUAGUUUGAGAUGCAACAUGUUGUGUAUUAACUGAUUUUAGAAAACUAAGUAUUUGUUAAAUAUAUGAGUGAAUAACCAUCAGUUUUGUGUGCUUAUGGCUGGAGUGAUGGCUACACAGCUCAGAUGAACUUGAUGUCUACAUAAGGUGAGGAAACGAGUUUACUGGAUGACAAUUUACUUCCAUUGAAUGUUUACAGAGAUGAGAUUUGGUGCCAGACAGUAUGUGUGGAUGACAGGUUUUUGUAAAUAAGACUCCAAUCUGACAGUAGAAAAAUCUACACAGGUAGUACCUGCGGUACUACAUACAUGGCAUUUUUGAUGGCCCAGCCGCCCUUGAUCAGCCCAAAAGGAGAACUGGGGUGGUGUUUCCAGGAGCAGAGUUCUGUUCUGUGGUCUCUCUGCGUGUGUCACGUUUUGACCCCAUAAGCAAGAUGCAAAAACAGGUUCUCAGACUCUUCAGUACAGUUCCUGAUUUUAUUGUGGAACACUGAUCCAUUGAAGACAGAUUAAGAAUGUUUGUAUGACUGUAAUGAAAAGAGCACCAGUUCUGAGGGAGUACACAGCUGCACUAUUUAGUGGGGUGGUCAUUGUACAUUUCAUUGUAUUUUAUUCCUAGAGAACUUAGUCGGUAAACUGUUACAGAACAGCCCUUUCUCUUCCCAUCAAACAGGAUAGCUUUACAGUAGUUACAUCCUACUGUGCUACAUACUCAGCAGUGCUAAUUACAUGCUUCUAAUUUCAUUGAAAAAUAAAACUGAAUUGUAACAAAUCCCUGAUGCAAGAUACUUUGAGCACCUGCAGGAAAAGGUCUGUGUAAACAGCAAUACGUGAUACAGUACACUUUAAAUAACAGACAAGACAACUCUUCUACCUUUUGGACAAUAUAUGGAACAGCUUUAUGCUGAAGCUAACAGACACAAUCAGAAUCAAAAUGCACACUUUCUUCAUUUAAGAUGCCCAGAAUUAAGCCACAUAAUUUGGGAAGAAAACUGUAAACAUCAUGCCUGCCUCACAACAGGUUGCCAGUGUGUGUGAUACCAGCGAGAGCUGCUCCAGCAGGAUUGGAAUCUACAGUAACUAGUUACACUCAACGCGUGACAACUGUCACUGGCUGUGAGGAGAGGGUAAAACACAGCAGUACAGGCAUCUCGGACCAGCAUGCACCGUGGAGAUACUGCUCGUAUCUGUUUUUCAAGUAUGUGAA